AUGGAGAAAAUACCAGGGGAGGCUCUUACCCUCUCCGAUAUCAUGACUCUGUAUCCCUGUCUCAACACCAGGAAGGAGCUGGGAUAUACCCGACGGGACUUCCACGACAUGGAAUUAGACAUCCUAACGACCCUGGACUUUCAAAUUAGAUAUAUCACCAUACCCGAAUGGGUCUCUGCUCUUAUGGCCGCGCAUAAGAUAGGCAGCGAUAGGAUCAGAAGGCUAGCCGAAUUUAUUGGGUUUCUCGCGUACUUCCACGAAGAGGCGAUUUAUAUUGCCCCCUCGGACAUGGGACAGGGUGUACUGCUGCUAGCGUGCCUCAUUCUAGGCCAGGAGAUCCAGCUUUGCCCUGGCGCUAUGGAGGCUGCCAACCGUACCCUGGAUAAAUUGAACGGUUGGUUUAUACAAGAGGACUUCAAGAUCCCAGAGGUCCUCUUCGUCGAAGAGAAUUUCACGGAGAUCAUCUUCUUCUGCGACUUCAUCAGCAGUGGGUACUCUCACCGCCACGCUCGGCCUCGCUCGCAAGCUCGUGACAAGAUCCCGAGGGAGGAGAAAUCCCCUUCCUACUGA